GCACCGUUACACCCCGCCCCAUGAGCAAUAGCAAGCUGAACACGGAGGGAGUCCUCCUCUUCGAGCAACCUUUUGCCAAAGUUCCGUAUGAGAACUACCGCAAGGUGUUUCGCACUGCACAGAAGAAUAUUGAGCGUGAACUUGGCGCCGUCAGGAGCAUAGCAAAGGAUGUGCCAAACGCUUCACAUCCUCAGGAGGCGAUAAAUCUAGUAGACAUAAUGAUCGGGAGAGUCGAGAACCUCAAGCGCAAGCUGUCAGAUCUUCACGAGGGUCCUGGAUCGUCGGCUCAGGCGAUAAUGCGCGAACGAGUCAACCAUCUCAGCUGUCUUGACACCGUGCAGAGUGCCAACGACCCAGAAUACACGCGGUGGGCAGACGCACGACUGGAUCGGUGGUUGGUAGACUGGGCGCUCCGGCAUGGGAACGAGAAAACUGCACGGAAGAUAGCGCAAGAGAGGGAAAUUGAGACUCUGGUCGAUAUCGAUCUCUUCAUGGAUAUUCGGCGAAUAGAAGACGCGCUGAAAAGGCACAGUUGCCUCGAGGCGCUCGCGUGGUGCAGCGAGAACAAGACUGCGUUGCGGAAACUGAAGAGCACCUUAGAAUUUGAUCUGCGACUGCAAGAAUACAUUGAACUGGCCCGAGCACGCAGGACGCAAGAGGCUAUCGCUUACUCGAAGAAACAUCUCGCGUCAUGGCAAGAAACUCACAUCGCUCAGAUCCAACAAGCCUCCGCUCUUCUAGCAUUCCCGCCCACAACAAAUUGUGGACCAUAUAAGCGUCUAUAUGACCGCGGCCGCUGGAACAACCUCAUCCUCGCUUUCCGCCUCGCGAUCUUCAAUCUGAACUCUCUCCCGUCCGAGCCUUUACUCCACCUUGCGCUCUACGGCGGCCUCGCCUCGCUCAAGCUCUCUGCAUGCUAUGACCCAGGCACCCAGAACCGCGACUGCCCCGUGUGCGAUGCCUCGUUCAGGGAACUUGCGAAGGAGGUGCCGUUCAGCCACCACGUCAACUCGACGAUCGUGUGCCGGCUGAGCGGGAGGAUCAUGGACGAGAACAACCCCCCGAUGGCUUUCCCGAACGGCUACGUGUACUCGAGAGAGGCGCUGGAAGAAAUGGCGAUCAAGAACGAGGGGAUAGUCACUUGUCCACGGUCAGGCGAGCAGUGUGAGUAUUCGAAGCUCAAGAAGGUAUUCGUUUCCUAG